CACACCCGGAAGCGGAGAGCCGGAAGUGGGGUUGGACAGGUUAUUCCCCGGGGUAGAGAAGCGGAGGCCUAGGAGGAGGGGGAGAAAAGAAGGUGGAGGAUCCUGGCUACUACUCUGAAUUCGAUACCGCUUCUCUUAGACCUCAGAAACACAGAACGAAGGAAGGGUGUCUCAUCCCUUCCUCCCCUCCUCCCUUUCCUCAGCCUUAGCCAUGGCCGAGGCGGGGGCCGGGCUGAGUGAGACCGUCACUGAGACAACGGUUACCGUGACAACCGAGCCCGAGAACCGGAGCCUAACCAUCAAACUCCGGAAACGGAAGCCAGAGAAAAAGGUGGAAUGGACGAGUGACACUGUGGACAACGAACAUAUGGGGCGCCGCUCAUCAAAAUGCUGCUGCAUUUAUGAGAAACCUCGGGCCUUUGGCGAGAGCUCCACGGAGAGCGAUGAGGAGGAAGAGGAGGGCUGUGGUCAUACACACUGUGUACGGGGCCACCGCAAAGGACGGAGUCGUGCAAUCCCCGGACCCAGCCCCACCACCCCUCCCCAGCCUCCUGACCCCUCCCAGCCCCCUCCAGGGCCAAUGCAGCACUAAAUUCCUCUCUCCCCAUCAUUCCUGUGUCUGUCUGGCCCUGAAUGUUUUCAUGUGGCUACUUGGGGACUCAACCCAUGGUUUGAUCCCUUUUCCCCGCCCUCCCCCCCCCUCUGGUUGAUAGAGGGAAGAAGAAGAGGAGGGUGGACAGAGAUCCUGGAAUUCUGACUUGCUGCUAUUCUAGAACC